CGAUGAAGCGGGCGGAUUUAGUCCCCUUGCUUUUCCAAGCUACUGUCGAAGCAUCGGACGGCUCUGAAGUUUCACUACUAAAUCUCUUCCGGCAUUUUCGCGAGACCAUCAACAUCAUCUGGCCAUUCGUGGGAGUUCCGCAAGUUGUUCCGGCUGCUUUCGGCCUGGCAGGGUAUUUACAGUCAAGAGGCUUUGAGGAACUCGAGGACAAUAGACAAAGAGACGAUAUUUCGAAAGAAGAUAUCCAACGAGGAGCGGACACUCGAACCACCAUCUACCAGGCAUCAGCAAAUAAUGAAGUUUUCGAGAUGUUGACUACCUACCACGGCGAUUUCGCAUAUGCACUGAAUACAGUUGGGUUUGGGUACAACUUAGGCCGCAUGCCUAGUAAAGACUUUUCUUUGCCUGAAGUAGAAUUGAUCCUUACAAGCGCUCUUAUUGCCUUGAAUGCGACCAGACAAGCAGGCAGCCACAUCAAAGCAUGCAUAGCCUUCGGGUACUCUGAAGGAGAUCUACGGGCAGUCGCAGAUGCAGCUGAGAAGUUUGCCAAUUGGCAAGGACUUAAGCUUUCACCUAUCGACAUACAGCAAUUGCAUCGACAGGCUCGAGCAGUGAUGGAGUCCCUGUGAUGAAGUCCCUGUGAUGGAGUCCCUGUG